CUCCCUCCGUUCCCUGUGAAAGCGAAGGGAUUCCUUCACACUCGUCACCCUUACCCAACCUCCCCCGCCGCCGCCUGUGCUGCCGACGCACAAUGGCAACCGCCGCCCCCGCCAUCACCGCCUCCUCCACCUCCUUCCUCCCUUCGUCGCCCUUCUCCCUCAAGGCGUCGAAGACCGGCCACCGCCGGCCCGCGGGGACGGUGUCCGUCAAUGUCCGCUGCGUCAGUAGUCCUCCCGCCGUCGAGACAUCUUACAAGACAAAUGUCCCGCGCAAUGCCAACAUGGCGAAGCUCCAAGCAGGCUAUUUAUUUCCCGAGAUUGCCAGGAGAAGGGCAGCCCAUUUGCUGAAGUUCCCUGAUGCCAAGAUUAUAAGCCUUGGGAUAGGAGACACUACCGAGCCCAUUCCAGAUGUCAUAACAGAUGCCAUGGCAGAGAGAGCACAUGCUUUGUCAACAAUGGAUGGAUACAGUGGUUAUGGAGCUGAACAAGGUGAAAAGAAACUAAGGGCAGCAAUUGCUGCAACCUACUAUGCGGACCUUGGUAUUGAAGAAGCAGACAUAUUUGUCUCUGAUGGUGCAAAAUGUGACAUCUCACGUCUGCAGGUCCUUUUUGGAUCUAAUGUGAAGAUUGCAGUCCAAGACCCAUCAUACCCUGCGUAUGUUGAUUCAAGUGUUAUAAUGGGCCAAACUGGCUUAUAUCAGCAAGAUGUUCAGAAGUACGGAAACAUUGAGUACAUGAGAUGCAGUCCUGAAAAUGGAUUUUUUCCUGACCUGUCAACUGUACCACGAACAGAUAUAAUUUUCUUCUGUUCACCCAAUAAUCCUACUGGCGCUGCUGCAUCUCGGGACCAACUAACAGAACUAGUCAAAUUUGCUAAGGACAAUGGGUCUAUCAUAGUCUAUGAUUCUGCUUAUGCAAUGUACAUAUCAGAUGACAGCCCGAAGUCUAUCUUUGAAAUUCCUGGAGCAAAGGAGGUUGCCAUUGAGACAGCAUCAUUCUCGAAAUAUGCUGGGUUCACUGGUGUCCGUCUGGGUUGGACUGUUGUCCCUAAGGAGCUCCUUUUCUCAGAUGGACAUCCAGUCGCUAAAGAUUUCAACCGCAUAGUCUGCACUAGCUUCAAUGGCGCAUCAAACAUUGCUCAAGCUGGUGGUUUGGCUUGCCUCUCUCCAGAGGGUCUAAAGGCUAUGCGUGAUGUUGUCGGCUUCUACAAGGAGAACACAGAAAUAAUCGUUGACACAUUUACCUCACUUGGAUUCAAUGUAUAUGGUGCCAAGAAUGCUCCCUAUGUGUGGGUGCACUUCCCUGGUCGUAAUUCGUGGGAUGUUUUCGCCGAGAUCCUUGAGAAGGCGAAUGUGGUUACUACUCCGGGCAGUGGAUUCGGACCUGGCGGCGAAGGCUUUGUGAGGGUCAGCGCAUUUGGCCACAGGGAAAACAUUGUUGAAGCUGCAAGAAGAUUAAAGCAGCUGUACAAGUGAGCACGGACGCAGCCAUUGCAUUCUCGACGUUAUCAAUAAGAAAGAACACAACAGCAUUUGGAACACCAAAUUCACUGUGGAGCUACCUGGAGAUACGAGAAUUGAGACAUGGUAUUUUUGUAGGAUUUCUGCGGUGUUACUCCAUUGAAACCAUUUCAAAAUUCGAAACAUCGUUUGUUGUAGCCUUGAGACUUUUGAAUCACUACUGAAGUGGUUAUCUCACCUAAUGUUCGUUUCUUUGCUGUCA